UCUACUGCAAGCCACUACCAUUUCCCAAAUCCCCCUCUCAAUGGAGUAUCGCUUAUUCCUCGUCAUCCUCCUCCUCCUCACCAUCAUCAACUCCACCUCCGCAACAGUCAAACCCCACAGCAACAUAACCCUAAAUUCCUUCGUUAUGGCCACCGCCUUCAGCUCCAGAAGACUCUCCUGGCUCUCCUCUUCCGGCGACUUUGCCUUCGGCUUCCUCCCCCUCCCCACCAACUCGUCCCUCUUUCUCCUCGCCAUCUGGUACGCCAAUCUCCCCAAAACCACCAUCAUUUGGACCCCAAAUAGAAACAAACCCGUUCCUUCCAAUUCCUCUGUCAUCCUCACCUCCGACGGACAGCUCUCCCUCCGACACCCCGCCGGCACCGAAAUCUAGAACCCAGGCGCCGCCGCCGCUUCCUAUGCUGCCUUGUUUGACACCGAUAACUUCGUCCUUGUGUCCUCUAACGGCUCCAUCUUGUGGGAGAGCUUUUCCGUUCCAACCGACACCAUUCUCCCCUCCCAAAGCCUAAGCCCCAAUUCCAUUCUUCUUGCGAAGCUAAACUACGAUGAUUUCAGCUAUGGCCGGUUCAAGCUCUCUAUGCAGACCAACGGAAACCUCGUCUUCUACCACAUCGCUGUUCCCACCGGAUUCCAGUACAGUCCCUACUGGGCCUAUAACACAAGUACGCCUAAUUCCUUCCUAUUCUUCAACGUCUCCGGAAGCAUUGACCUGGUUUCGCCGACGGGGGCUUUCAUGACAACUCUGACUUCAUCAACGACGUACCCAACCUCAGAUUUCUACCACCGAGGAACGCUCGACCACGACGGAGUCUUCCGGCACUACGUUCACCCAAGGCCGUCAGCUGCCGGUGGCGCCGCUGCUGAGUGGGUGGUCAUUGAUUUUAAGCCGACCGAUAUCUGCCAAUCUUUGAUUACAUCGCUCGGUGGCGGUGCUUGCGGCCACAACAGCUAUUGUGGCUACGAUGUCAAGCAAAUGGUCGCCUGUCAAGGCCCGUUGGGUUAUUCUUGGGUCGACCCAAACAAGACCUAUAUGGGAUGCAAGCCGGACUUCACCAUGCCUAGCUGCAUCUCUGGAGUGUGGAGCGAGGGGUUUCAGAUGGUGAGAGUGGAGAAUCUGGACUUCUGGGGAGAGGAUUACGAACAGUUUAAUCCUAUGGGUGAGGCGGAAUGUAUGCAGCAGUGUUUGGAUGAUUGCUUCUGCGCGGCUUCGAUCCACGACGGCAUAAGCAAUUGCUGGAAGAAGAAGCUUCCAUUCUCCAAUGGGAGGAUUGGGAGCUACGUCGACAGAAUAGCCUUCAUCGAAGUAGGCGUGAACAAAGAUAUAUGAGUUCAAUCGAAGUUAGAUGAUAUAUAAUUGUAUUUCUCUA